UGUUAGCGAGCGCGCCCUGCCGUAUUAUGUCAUUGUCGUUCAACUCCGAUAUAUUUUUCCAGGAGUCAGCGUGUAACAACAGCUGUUCUCACUCUCAGAAACACGACUCUUCUAUUAUUGUGGCGCCGCCAUUCACAACUGAACGCAAUGGCAUCCUUGCUCCCUUGAUGCGCGCUUGUUAAGGCAUUCAAGCUCAACCAUGGCAACAAAGGCCUCCGACUCGGAGCGCACUCCCCUAAUACGCGAGACCAGCCCAAGUCAAGAUGAGGCUGCACUACCGGAUGUCCAAGACGAAGAUGGAAACCUUUCAACUUUGAGAGGCACACUCAUCUGCCUAUCCAUCUGGCUCCUAAUUUUCAUCCUGACCAACAAUGUCUCACUGAUGACGACGAUCCAAUCGCCCAUCGCCACCGAUCUCGGCGCAUCCACCGAAGUAAGCUGGUUCACCUCCGCCUACCUCAUCGCCAUAACCAGCAUCACACCCGUCGCAGGCCGCCUUUGCGCCAUCUUCACGCCCAGAGUCUACCUCCUAGCGUCAAUAUGUGUACAAGCAUGCGGCCUCCUCAUCAGUUCACAAGCGCCUUCUGUCAACGCGUUCCUCGCCGGCCGCGUUGUCACGGGAAUUGGCAGCGCGUCCGUCACGCCCGUCGCAUUCAUCCUGGUCACUGAACUCACCGCCCCGCGCAGACGAGGCUUGUUCUUCGGCGCCAUCAACACGGGCUACACAUCCGGUGUGGCCUGCGGGGCUAUCAUCGCUGGCGCCCUCGAGCCGCUCGUCGGCUGGCGCGCGGUGUUCUGGCUGCAAAUCCCAUUCACCCUGGCUGCGGCACUUCUGGCUUUCUUCACCAUCCCUGAACCGCGAAGACUUGAUGCCUCCACAGCAGCGGGCGCGUAUCACAAGCAAUCUCUCGCCACGAAGCUCUCGCAAAUCGACUACUUCGGUGUCGUCACCAUCAUAGGCGCUGUGGUGCUACUGCUAUACAGCUUGUCGUCGCCAAAGGUUCAAAUCACGCCGAUUGUCUUGUCGGUUGCUUCGCUCGUGCUGUUCGUCCUGGUCGAAGCGCAUUGGGCUGAUCAACCUAUCGUGCCGAUUUCCAUUCUGCGGUCAAGAGGCAAUAUCCUUACGGGUAUUGCGACCGUCGGCGUCAUGACUGCCCGGUGGAGCGUUCUGUUUUACACGCCGACGUACGUGCUCACCCUGCGCGGCUGGUCUCAGGCCAGCGCUGGCCUCACGUUGAUCCCGACGAACCUGGGAUUUGGGCUGGGUGGUCUGUUGGCGGGCUGGCUGCACAUUCGACGCACGGGAUCAUUCUAUUACGCUUGCAUCGUCACGUGCGUGCUGUUCAUCAUGUCCAUGUUCGCCGUCUCGUGGAUCUCGACGCCCGGCUCGAAUAUCUACGGUUAUCUUACGGUGCUGUUUGUCAACGGGGCAAUCGUUGGCUGUCUGCUGAACUACUCGAUUGCGCAUGUCCUGCAUUUGACGAUCCCUGCUACGCAUAUCAUUGUCAUUCCGCUGAAUGCUAUGUUCCGCAGUUUGUCGGGGUCAUUUGGGUCGUCUGUUGCAGGAGGAUUGUUUCUCAGAACGUUGCAGCGGACGCUGACGAAGGAGUUUCUGGCAAGAGGGAUCACGGGCAAGGGAGCAUUGAUCAGGCAGUUGCUCGGAUCGCCGGUUACGGUGCAGAAGCUGACGGGCGUGGAGAGGGAGGUCGCUCUGGUCGGCUAUGAGACGGCGCUGAGAACCAUUUACUCGGCUGGUGGCGUCUUGGCUAUUCUUAUGCUCUUUGUUCAAGCUGGCGUUGGCUGGACGGCGCCUGAUGUGGACAAGGACGAAGAGCCUACACUUACGAUUGCCAGUGACGGCAAUGUUGGGCAAGAUGUGCUCUCACCAGUUGUGUCCAGAGAGCCGGUAGCUGGUUAGCCAACAUCAUUGGAUGGUAUAGAUAUAUUGAUAUAGGACAAUGAUGCAUUAUGCUGAACUUUUUGCCCCUUUAGCCGUCUAAAGCUGUUUCAUACCGCGGACAUCUAGUUAGCGGUCUCC